AUGUCUGAUGGAGACUAUGAUUACCUCAUCAAGUUUUUAGCACUGGGAGAUUCUGGAGUAGGAAAGACCAGUGUACUUUACCAGUACACAGAUGGUAAAUUUAACUCCAAAUUUAUCACGACAGUGGGCAUUGAUUUCAGGGAAAAGAGAGUGGUGUACAGAGCCAAUGGGCCAGAGGGAGCCAUUGGGAGAGGCCAGAGAAUCCACUUGCAGCUCUGGGACACGGCAGGACAGGAGAGGUUUCGGAGCUUAACGACAGCAUUCUUCAGAGAUGCUAUGGGAUUUCUUCUGCUUUUUGAUCUGACCAAUGAGCAAAGUUUCCUCAAUGUCAGAAACUGGAUAAGUCAGCUACAAAUGCAUGCCUAUUGUGAAAACCCAGACAUAGUGUUAUGUGGAAAUAAAAGUGAUCUGGAAGACCAGAGGGUGGUAAAAGAGGAGGACGCCAGAGGACUUGCAGAGAAAUAUGGAAUCCCCUACUUUGAAACUAGUGCUGCCAAUGGGACAAACAUAAGCCAAGCCAUUGAAACGCUCCUAGAUCUGAUCAUGAAGCGAAUGGAACGAUGCGUGGACAAGUCGUGGAUUCCCGAAGGAGUGGUGCGAUCCAAUGGCCAUACGUCCACUGACCAUUUAAGUGAAGAAAAGGUGAAAGGGUCCUGUGGUUGUUGA